AUGAUGAUGAUUCCGAUGACGAUGAUGAUGAUGAUGAUGAUGAUGAUGAUGAUGAUGAUGAUGAUGAUGAUGAUCGAGGAGGAGGAGGAGGAGGAGGAGGAGGAGGAGGAGGAGGAUGAUGAUGAUGAUGAUGAUUUGAAUGAUGAUGAUGAUGAUGAUGAUGAUGAUGAUGAUGAUGAUGAUGAUGAUGAUUAUGAUGAUGAUGAUGAUGAUGAUGAUGAUGAUGAUGAUGAUGAUGAUGAUGAUGAUGAUGACGUUGAUGAUGAUGAUGAUGAUGAUGAUGAUGAUGAUUCGGAUGAUGAUGAUGAUGAUGAUGAUGAUGAUGAUGAUGAUGAUGAUGAUGAUGAUGAUGAUGAUGAUGAUGAUGAUGAUUAUGAUGAUGAUGAUGAUGAUGAUGAUGAUGAUGAUGAUGAUGAUGAUGAUGAUGAUUCGCAUGAUGAUGAUGAUGAUGAUGAUGAUGAUGAUGAUGAUGUUGGAUGA